ACGAGCCUAAACAAAAACGGCAGUCAAUCCGAUCCGCAAUGACGAACGAAGAUGUGGGCACCAACAGCGUCGCCGACCGCCUGCAGGUGGGUCCGCGCGAAGGCGUCACCUAUCCGAUCCAGAUGAAGUACUGUGGCCACUGCACGAUGCCCAUUGAGUACUGCGAGUACUAUCCGGAAUACGAGAAGUGCAAGGACUGGCUGGAGCUCCACAUGCCGGAUGACUUCGAGCGACUAAAGAUCGAGGAGGAGGCUGCCGCCGCCGACGGAACGGAUGACGACAAGAAGCGCCAAAAGCGUGGUGGCAAGGGACUGCUGCGCGUCAAGAAGAAGGAAGACGUACCCAAGCGUAUCUGCGUCUCGCGGGCGGCACGUGGCAAGAAGAAGUCCGUGACCGUGGUCACAGGAUUGAGCACUUUUGAUAUUGAUCUCAAAGUGGCCGCCAAGUUCUUUGGCACAAAGUUUGCCUGCGGCUCCUCGGUGACCGGAGACGACGAGAUCGUCAUUCAGGGCGACGUCAAGGAUGACUUGUUCGAUGUCAUACCCGAGAAAUGGGCCGAGAUCGAUGAGGACGUCAUCGAGGAUUUGGGCGAUCAGAAGCGAACAUAAAUAAUUUACUUUUUUUUUUAGCUUAUUUUAUACGCUACAUCAACAUAAAUAUAUGAAACGUUAAACGUAA